AUGGACCUCUCUCACUCGGAAGACCAAGCAGGAGGAGGAGAUGAGUCUAUGAUAGGAGACCCACAUACUCCUACUCCGGCUCCACGACCAAGACGAUCAGUCUCAUUCAACCUGGAUGAGCAGGAGGACAUCAACUACGAGAAGUAUGCUUCACCUACUGGGCCAAGAUAUGUCAAGACUAAGCUGGACCCCUACAGCAGGACUAGGACGGAUCCUUACCCCCUGGACCACGAGGAGGAUACCAGCAUCAUGGCAGAGCUUAACCGGUCAAAGCCCAUCGCCACCCCCUUUCCAAAGUUCAAUCCCCGAGACAUGGAGAUCUUCAUUCUAGAAGCCGAAGCAUGGUUUAAGUUCAACCAGGUGUAUGAGCAGUCUAGGAUGAUCAAUCACAUGGGUGCUCAACUGGAAGGGACAGCAAGAGAGUGGUGGACCUCCAAGCUCCGUAUUGAUAGAGCUAGAGAAGGAAGGUUGUUCAAUGAUUGGCACUACUUCACAGAGCGACUGUUAGAGCAGUUCAACCCACGCAAUGCUAGGAUGGAGGCAUACAACAAGCUGUUGGCUCUCAGACUCACAAGUGAUGCUCCUGGUGCCGCCACACGUCAUGUAGAGCGGUUCAGAGACUUGGAGGGACAGGUCAACCUAGAUGACAACGAGCUAGUGAUUGAUCUCUUCAGAGGAAGUCUCACUCGCAGCAUACAGGAGAAGUUUGAGAGGAAUCCACCUGGGAAGAGAUGGGAGUGGUAUCGAGAGAACUGGGUCUCGGCCAAAUCAAAGUUCGAUCCCCAUCCGACAACCCACUCAACCUUAUCCAGCUCGAUCACCAUCACAAGCAACUACACAAGCAACUAUACAAAACCUAAACCGACCCCUUCCUCAUCAUCCCACCCAACCCUCGAAGCAAGGAAGCCCUGCUCCAUCAGGUAUCAACACCUGUCAUGUAUGCAAGGGUAUCGGCCAUUGGGCAGAGACUGCCCCAGCAGGAGGGUAGACCCUCUUAGCUCUCGACCCAUGGGACCAAAGGUUAUGGUCACCACAGCAGACCCCUUCGAGGAGGCCACCGACUCAGGAGAUGGCCACACAGGCAGCACUGAGACGGGUGACCCCGAGGCCAUGGACCUCAGCUCAUACCAGCAACCCAUGGACCCCGAUCACGAGGAGGAGCACAAUGAUGAUGACGACGAGGGAAACGUCAGUGGGGUAUCUAUUGGUACACACAAUCUGGGUGUGGUCGAAGCUUCAGUGGCCGACACUGCGGACUAUGACCUCAUCCUGGGGUUCACUGAGCUACGGAGGCUCAAACCCACCAUACAAUGGGAUACGGGCCAGCUGGAGUUCAAGACUCAGGAGCAGGACCGACUCCCUAGGAGACCCCCUGAAGCAGCAAGAGCAGGGGACCUAACCAUGAGGAGACCAACCCUUCAUGGUAACAAGUUUGUCUCAGCAGAGCGCAUACUACGAGCAGCUCUGGAAGAUGGACCCAUAGGGUUCAUGCUGUUAGAGGAGCCACCAUCAUCACUCCCAGCCUUUGGUUUUGUACCUACAGGCGCAGACAAAGGAGUCGAGAUGGAGGUGGAGGUAGAUAAGGUGGUGACGGCUGCAGACAUACCAAAGCCAUACCAACACCUGCGAGAUGUGUUUGAUGAGGUGGAAGCAGACAAGCUGCCCCAUCAUACCGAGCAUGAUCUCCACCUCGAGUUGAUAGAAGGAGGGAAGCCACCUCAAGGGCCCCUAUACCUUAAGGGACCCAAGGAGAUGUCCGAGUUGAGGAGAUACUUGGAUGAGAACCUCGAGAAGGGGUUCAUAAGACCAUCGAAGAGCCCGGCACGAUCACCAGUGCUCUUCGUACCAAAGAAGGAUGGAGGUCUCAGACUCUGUGUGGACUACAGAGGUCUCAACGAGAUCACUGUCAAGAACAGGGCACCAUUGCCCCUCAUCGAGGAGCAGCUGUUCUUACUCAGGAAGGCAAGGAUCUAUACCAAGCUAGACCUUAGAGCAGCAUACAACCUCAUCCGGAUUGCUAAAGGAGAUGAAUGGAAGACAGCUUUUGGCACUCAGUUGGGACUCUAUGAGUACCUAGUGAUGCCCUUUGGCCUAGCCAAUGCUCCGGCUCACUUCCAGUCAUUCAUCAAUGACAUCUUCCAAGACAUCAUUGGGAUAUAUGUGGUAGUAUACCUAGAUGACUUCCUGAUCUUCAGUGACACUGAAGAAGCACAUGUGAAGCAUGUCACUGAGGUCCUCGCUUGCUUAAGGAGCAACAGGCUCUUUGCUAAGCUGUCUAAGUGUGAGUUCCACACCAAGACAGUUGAGUUCCUGGGGUACAUCAUCAAGCCAACGGGCAUAGAGAUGGACCCAGAAAAGGUGCGCACUGUCAAGGAGUGGCCAAUGCCAGAGUCAAUCCAUGACAUCCAGAGGUUCCUGGGUUUUGCCAACUUCUAUCGAAGGUUCAUAGCCCACUUUGCUCGCAUAGCCAAGCCCUUGACAGCACUGGUAAAGCCUAUAGAACGGUUCAAGAAGUUCGAGCUACCAGAGGAGGCCCAACAGGCCUUCCACAAGCUCAUCCAGGCCUUCACAUCAGCAGGAGUGCUUCAGCACUUCGACUACCACCUUCCAACAAGGUUGGAGACUGAUGCAAGUGACUUUGCUAUAGCAGGAGUACUCAAGCAGGAGCAUGAAGGACGAUGGCAUCCAGUGGCCUUCUACUCUAGGAAGAUGUCUUCUGCCGAGAAGAACUAUGAGAUCCAUGAUAAGGAGCUCCUAGCUGUGGUCGCCUGCCUCACUCAGUGGCGACACAUGCUAGCUGGACUACCGAACCAACUGGUCAUCCUCACUGACCAUGAAGCCCUCAAGUACUUCAAGUCACAGAGACGCAUCACAGGUCGACAAGCUCGAUGGGCAAUACUACUAGCAGACUUCGACUUCAUAUUGCAGUAUCGACCAGGAGACAAAGGUGGUGAACCCGAUGCUCUCACCAGAAGGACAGACAUGCAACCAGCUGGUGAAGAGCAGGAUCACAAUGUGAGGCAACUACUGCCUCCUUGA